CCACUAUAAAUCUGCAGACACAAAAUCAGAUAUAUAUACAGAAACAAAGCACUUAGCAAAUAGUUCUUGAGACUAUUUCCUUAGCCAAAGAAAUGGGAAUUCCUUCAUCUGUAACUCCAAUUUUCAAAAGGUUAGAAGGUAAAGUAGCAGUGAUCACAGGCGGAGCUAGUGGAAUUGGAGAGGCUGCAACUCGGCUUUUCACAAAACAUGGCGCGAAGGUUGUGGUAGCCGAUAUUCAAGAUGACUUAGGUCAAGCCCUGUGCAAAGAACUAGGCUCAAACGACACCAUCUCCUUCACACAUUGCGAUGUCACUAACGAAAACGACAUGGAAAACGCGAUAGACAGAGCAGUUUCGAGGUAUGGAAAGCUAGAUAUCAUGUUCAGCAAUGCAGGUAUUACAGGAAACAUGAAGGAUCCCAGUAUUUUAGCCACGGAUUACAACAACUUCAAGAAUGUGUUCGAUGUGAAUGUUUACGGGGCAUUUUUAGGAGCUAAAAUUGCAGCCAAAGCUAUGAUACCAACUAAAAAAGGUAGCAUUUUGUUCACAUCUAGUGUUGCUUCUGUAAUUGGUGGAAUUGGUUCACCGAUAACUUAUGCUUCAUCAAAACAUGCUGUAGUUGGACUAACAAAUCAUUUGGCUGUUGAAUUGGGAAAAUAUGGAAUAAGAGUAAAUUGUAUUUCUCCAUAUACAGUUGCUACACCACUUGUUAGGGAAAUUUUGGGGAAAAUGGAUAAGGAAAAAGCAGAGGAAAUUAUUAUGGAAACUGCUAAUCUUAAAGGGGGGAUUUUGGAACCAGAGGAUAUUGCUGAGGCUGCUGUUUAUUUGGGAAGUGAUGAAUCUAAGUAUGUGAGUGGUGUUAAUUUGGUGAUUGAUGGAGGGUACAGUAAAACUAAUCCAUUUGCCUCAAUUGUUAUGCAAAACUAUAUUUAAUUUCUAGAAGAAAUUGAAGGAUGACUAGUACUCUCGGGAAAUUUUAAUCGCUCAGUUGUCACCUUACUGGUGUGGUUUCGAUUCCCCACAUUCUAGAAGAAGUGGAAGGAUUACUACUUUGUACUUUAGUUUCUUGUUGUUUGUUUGUUGUUUAUGAGUUUAAAAUAUCAUGUAAGUGUGUUCUUGUAUCCCACAUGUGGUGAAAUUUUCACUUGUGGUUCUCUUUGGGACAGCUGAUUAGUAAAUGAUACUUUUAUAAUUUUA